GGAGAAAAUAUCGUGUGAAAAAAUAUGUAUGAGUAAAUCGCGCGUACAAUUAAGCCGGUUUUCAUCGCCUCUCUAAAUGUAUUAGCGAUAUUCUUGAACGAGAUGCCAAAAAAUGAUAGAAUAGUAACCACGAAUGCUGCCAUAAUUUCCAAAAGAGAAGAGACGCAUUCGUAGAAUAAGGGUAAAAUAUACUGCGUUAGAUGAGUGUUAAAGAAAUGUUGAAGCAUAAUUUCUUCAAGACAUCAUGGUGUAAAUUACGUACGCGAUACGUACACAAAAAUGCUGCUCUCACAGAAGCCAGGAGGAAGGAAUCCCAAGUGACAAAGAUACGCAACAUUGGUAUAUUGGCACACAUCGAUGCUGGAAAGACCACCACAACCGAGAGAAUGUUAUUCUACUCGGGUCUCAUUAGAAACAUGGGAGAGGUACAUCAUGGUAACACGGUGACCGAUUACAUGGAGCAGGAACGCCAACGUGGAAUAACCAUCACUUCAGCCGCUGUGACAUUCAAUUGGAAAGACUAUCGCUUUAAUCUAAUAGAUACUCCUGGCCAUAUCGAUUUCACCAUGGAAGUCGAGCAGACCCUACAGAUACUGGAUGGUGCGAUCAUUGUUCUGGAUGGCUCCGCUGGCGUGGAAGCCCAAACGUUAACAGUUUGCAGGCAAGCAGACAGGUAUGAUAUACCUCGCCUGAUCUAUGUUAACAAAAUGGAUAGAGCGGAUGCUGAUUUUGACAUGAGUCUUCGUUCCAUCAAAUCCAAAUUAAAUGUCGAGGUGCUACCUAUACAAGUCCCUGUGAAGGAGGCAGGGAUCUUGGAAGGCAUCGUGGAUGUGAUAACUAUGGAGAAGUUAACGUUUGAUAAAAAGCAUCGAGGCAUCGAUCUAAUAAAAACUAAAUUAACUGAAAGCGAUGGAACGCUGUGGCAGAUAAUCAGUGAGAAGCGACGGAUAUUGACUGACAAAUUAUCCGGCCUGGACGACGAACUGGCCGAUAUCGUUAUAGAGCAAGAGUCGCUGGAAAAUGUGCAAUCGCAAGUACUGGUUGAUUCUCUGCGUAGAGUCACUAUAGGUAGGAAGGGUGUACCCGUAGUCCUCGGGAGCUCUUAUAAAAAUAUAGGAGUGCAGCCUCUGAUGGACAGCGUCGUACUCUAUCUGCCGUCUCCGGCCAACACGGGCAAUGCAUACAAAUGUUUCGGUAACAAUCUGGCAGCUCGUGUCUUCAAGAUUGUUCACGAUCAGCAGAGAGGUGCCAUUACUUUCUUCAGGAUUUACUCCGGCAAGAUGAACAAGAGCCAAAAGCUGUACAACGUAACACGCGAGCAAAGCGAACAAUGCACUCGUUUGUACGUCGCCUGUGCCGAUGAUUACGAGGAGGUAUCCGAAGUAGAGUACGGUAACAUCGCGGCCGUCGCCGGACUGAAGAGCACCAUCACCGGCGAUCUAGUAACGACGAGCGCGUCCAUAGCCAACCACGCCAAGCACGCUAUGUCGCAAAAGAAUCCGGAACGGCCGGAUUACGUCAACAGCUUCUUCGCAUCCGGCGUAAACCUGCUCGAUCCUGUCUUUUUCUGUUCUAUAGAGCCACCAUCCUUGUCGGCGCAAUCCGCCCUGGAGAUCGCCCUUCAACAGUUGCGGAGAGAGGAUCCCAGUCUCCGUGUGAGGAACGAUGCAGAGACGGAGCAAAUCAUUCUCGCGGGGAUGGGCGAGCUGCACAUAGAGAUCAUUAAGGAGAGAAUUAAAAGAGAGUACAAGAUCGAUGUGGAUUUAGGCCCGUUGCAGAUCGCCUAUAAGGAAACGAUUCAGGACCCCGUCAGAGACACGCUAGUCGUGGAACACCAGGUGGGCAAGACGAGGCACAAGGUCACCAUAACCAUCUCCCUGAUACCCCAGUACAACGGAACGGAGAGACUGCUCUUGGACAGAUCUCCAGAAAACGCGUCCAACAUUGACAGCAUUCAUCCGCGGGUGAUGGCCGCGAUCAGGAGCGGCGUGAACACCGCAUUGUUGCACGGUGUGAAAUUAAGUUGUCCAGUUAUCAACGUCGGCGUCAAGUUGCACUGGUUGGAGGUGGCACGCGGCACUUCAGACACCAUAAUUUCCGCUGCUACUACGCAGUGCAUCCGAAAGUUACUCCAAGAUGGAAAUGGCAUAUUACUGGAGCCUAUCAUGCAACUGGAGAUCGUUGUACCGCAGAAAUAUUCUUCGAGCAUCAACGCAGACCUUACUCGUAGACGAGCGAAAAUACAACACAUUGACACACGCGGCGAUAAUAAUAAGGUGAUCAGAGCUCUGGUGCCGUUGUCAGAAUUAAUGGGAUAUUCAACGACAUUAAGAAUUCUCACAUCAGGCAACGGGACGUUCUCGUUGGAAUUUGAUCGUUAUCAAUUGAUGACUGCCGCCGAUGAGUGGAAAGUAAUUGAGGAAUUCAAAUUCUGAAAUAAACAGAAACAAUAUUACGGGGUGUACAAUUUCAUGUCGUUUUAUUGACUCAAUCUAAAAUGAAAAUAUACCGCAACACUA